AUGUUGUUACCUGCAACGGUUCAGUUACAUAUACUAUCUCACAUAAACUUUAGAGAUUUGUUGCAAAGGAAACGAGUAAAGAGUAAAAGUAAUAGUACUACUACGACUACUGAUGACGGUUGUGUGAAACCAGCUCAACAAAGUCUUGCGAUUGCACUAGUGUCAAAGAGAUGCAAACCGGUCGGUACACGUGUGGUGCGACGCUCCCGACUUGACAUUCACCUCAUUUCACUCGUUGCCGAUAGGGCUUGCAAGGAUGAUCACAAAGCACAACGACAAUAA